UGGCCCCACAUGUCGGCCCUGUAUGACAAUGUUGCCUAUGAAGGGGACGACAAAGGACAAGCGACCUUGACCCACUUUGACUCUGCCUUGGAUCCAGGGAACGGCUACGGCUCUGCCUACAGGUUCUACCAGAAUACACAGCUGUCCAAUAAACAGCAGGAUGGGAGUGGCAGCGACAGUGACUACAGCAGCUCCAGACCACGCCACAGAGGGACGGUCAAAGUCAUUGUGGCGGCCUCACUGGCUUUGUUGUUUAUUGGAGUGGUUUGACGAAAACAUCGGAGGACAACGCUGUGCAACCACCAGCGAGUGAUGAAGCUGGAACUUGAGAGGAAAAACCUCACAGUGAGCACGUGUGAAGUGCUGUCCUUUCGAAAUGGCAGCGUUAUCGUGGUCUACCGGAUAACCUUCUCCGUGACCUUGACCCCGGACCAACCAGUCCCGGAAAAGAGCAGCGUGCUGGAUGCGAUCAAGGCCAUCGUGUCUUCAGAGAAAUUGGGCAACUUUACUGUCGACAAAGACAGUCCAGUUUGCUUGCUGGACGUUAGUGACAUCAGCUCUCCCAUCUGUCCGACCCCGUCUAUCUCGCCCACACCGACGUCAUCCACGGUCACGUCAUCCACGGCCACGGCAUCCAUAAUGACUUCACCAACAGACAGCUCGACUUCCAAUAUCCAGCCAACAGCCACUGCUCUGAUUCCACCGACCGCAGACGAAUCCAGUACACCGGGUCUAUCCGGUUCUGAAAUGGUUUCGGUUGAAAAUACGGCACCUCCUGCGGACAUGAGCUCAUCAGAAGUGAUCCCUUCAGAGUCAGCUGAUGCAUCUUCUGUUGAUGUCGCAUUAUCCAGCUCUCUAGAAUCGACCCCAACAGACAGCUCGACUCCCAAUAUCCAGCCAACAGCCACUGCUCUGAUUCCACCGACCGCAGACGAAUCCAGUACACCGGGUCUAUCCGGUUCUGAAACGGUUUCGGUUGAAAAUACGGCACCUCCUGCGGACAUGAGCUCAUCAGAAGUGAUCCCUUCAGAGUCAGCUGAUGCAUCUUCUGUUGACGUCGCAUUAUCCAGCUCUCUAGAAUCGACCCCAAGCCUUGUAAUGGAGAGUUCUGAUGUUGUAGAGUCGACUACUGAUGGAUUGGUGGAGCCGAGUUCUACUGUGGAAGCUGCAACAUCUUCAGAUUCGGUUGACUUGAGUGUUUCAGAUUCAGAAGAACCGAUAACACCUAGCUCUUCAGCAGGAAUCGAACCAAGCGCUGCCAUUUCUAUUGAACCAACUUCGUCAGACACGAUUGUCACUACCUCAGAGCUCCCUGAAAUGUCUUCUUCCGUAGAACCAAGCUCUUCAGAAAUCUCCGAGUCGAGCUCAUCAACCUCUGUGGAAUCGCUCAGCGUAACACCCUCAAUAGAUUUGACCACUUCUGAAGUGCCGGGCGAGAGUUCAUCUGCGGUUGUUGAGCCAAGCUCGUCUGUGACGACAGAACAAGAUGUUUCUUCUUCGCUUGAUGACACUCAGUCUCCUGUAGUGCAAGGCAGCUCUAGCCAGUCUGUCAUUGAACCAAGUCCAUCUGCUAUACCAGAGCUUGCCUCUACAGAUGUAGCCGAUAUAAGUUCCUCCGAAUUGCCCAAUAUAGUUUCCACUGAAGCAGUUGUAGCAAGUUCUUCUGAUAUGCUAGAAUUGAGUUCUACUGAAGUAACUGAGGCAAGUUCUUCUCAAUUGAUUGAAGCAAGUUCUUCCCAGUUUAUUGAAGCAAGUUCUUCUGAUAUGCUAGAAUUAGGUUCUACUGCAGUAACUGAGGCAAGUUCUUCUCAACUGAUUGAAGCAAGUUCUUCUCAACUGAUUGAAGCAAGUUCUUCUGAUACGCUAGAAUUGGGUUCUACUGCAGUAACUGAGGCAAGUUCUUCUCAACUGAUUGAAGCAAGUUCUUCUCAACUGAUUGAAGCAAGUUCUUCUGAUAUGCUAGAAUUGGGUUCUACUGCAGUAACUGAGGCAAGUUCUUCUGAACUGAUUGAAGCAAGUUCUUCUCAACUGAUUGAAGCAAGUUCUUCCCAACUGAUUGAAGCAAGUUCUUCCCAACUGAUUGAAGCAAGUUCUUCUGAUAUGCUAGAAUUGGGUUCUACUGCAGUAACUGAGGCGUUCGCACUGGACGAAAGUUCUGAUGCCCAGUCGCAGAGUACACAUGUUGAGGUCGAAUCAACUCCCCUUAGUCCUGUUGGAAGCAGUUCUUCGUUUAUAAGUGAAGCCACUUCCUCGUUUGUCAUUGAACCCACAUCUUCCUCGUUUGUCAUUGAACCCACAUCUUCCUCUUUCUUUGAGCCGAGUUCCUCUGUCGUGGUGGAAGUUAGCUCAGGAGUAGAUGCCCAAGUUUCUUCCUCAAACAUGGAGCCAAGCGCCUCUGAAAACGAGGUUUCAGCGUCUCCCAGUUUAGGUAUGGAAAGCUCUUUUUCGCUGAUGGCUUCUUUUAUGAAUUCCGAUUCCAACUCAGUGGAAGCUACAUCGGUGUUUAUAACUCCAAGUUCUGUCGACGAGAGCCAAACUUCUGUGUAUGCAGAUCCGGUCUCCUCCUCAGCCGUAGAGCUCUCACUGUCAUCUGAAGAAACAAGCUCUGUUGUUGCUGUUGAGUCUUCAUCCGCUAUUCAAGCACAGUCCAGCGCAUCGUUCCUCACACCUUCUAGCUCUUCAUUUUCAGUCGUCGAAUCAAGCGUAUCCACAUCUGCCGACUUAAGUGAAUCAGUUGUCUUCGAACCGACUUCCUCAGACUUUCUAGAAACAGCCUCUCCGUCUGAUUCUAUUGUCGACAGUAGUUCUUUUUUUCUCGAGGAAUCAGCCACAAUUCUUUCAGUAGAGCCAACUUCUGUCACACCUUCCAGUUUUAGCGCUUCAAUUGAUGAGUCAGUUCCAGCCACUGAGUUUGAAUCAAGUAGUUUUGUUUACUCGGAUCAGAGUUCUGAUUUCUUGCAACCAAGUUCUAUUGUACUGAAUGUUACCCCUUCAGGUACAGAGCAGAUCUUUUCGACUUCGGUAACGGACAGUAGUUCAGCUGACACGACAAACCCAAGCCCAUCUCUGUCUAUUGACCCAGCCUCUUCCCUGGUUAUGGACUUCAGCCCUAGCCUUGAUUCAUCCACUCCUGCUCUUACACCGGACUCCAGUUUUCUGACAGCUUCGGGUCCCAGCUCAGUCGUUGACUCAGCCGCGGGUCUUGACUCUACUUCCUUAAUGGACUCCAGUUCUUCUGACCCUGCGCCGACCCAGUCCUCUGCUGUAGAUGAGUUAAUGUCAACAUCUGCAGAUGAUAUUGCCCCAACGUCUGCUAGCAUCCUAGCCUCAGCUUGACCCCCCAAUCUUCUGCAGUAGAUGACCUACGUUCUUCAAUGUCUACAGAGACUAUUUUAUUACCAUCUGUAGACCUGCUUCCUUCAUCUGCAGAUGACCUUCUUUCUGCAAUGGCCCCGGACACUAUUUUCUCAACUUAUGUAGAUCUCCAGAUUUCAUCUGUAGACGACCCAGUUCCUCAGAGCUAAAUGUCUCUACAAGUACCAACAACAGAAAUUAGUCCUCUGGCAAUGAUUAUUUACGUUCUCCACCCCACCCCACCCCCACCCCACCCCUCCCUGUCCAUCUCCCCCCAGGUAGCUUCAUGCGUUAUCGACGGAUAAACUGCUUUCUUCACAGUCCAGCUUUGCAACGACAGUUAGACUCUAGCUUUCCUACUCCAGUACACUGACUAUCUUCAGUCUUGGAUGGCCUGCUUUCUUCUACUUCAAUAGAUAUCAAUGUGUCACUCGUCUGUGCAUGUAAGCCCUCUUUGAUACACACGAGCCGCUCGGGCGAGUCACCGCUGACAGGUACACAAGAUCAGAACAUGUCUUUGUCUCUCCUCAGACCACACUGUGUGGGUGGUUUGAGGAUGCCAUUGAAAAAUCUCACUUCUUUGCUUUCCGUCUGUCGUUUCUGUCUGUCUUACUUUUUCACUGCCCUGAAUGGCCAUUUCUGUGUCGAUGUGCUUCUCUUUCCUCAAACUGAAACUGACGACCACACGGUAUACUGGGAUUGCACCACGUAGUAUUGGGAGAAAAGAAUGCCUUAGUCCCAUAAGAGUUGAUCUGACCUGACAGAUUAUUGUUCUUAUUAUUGGAAUAAUGCCGCUUUUUAUCCUAAUCUUCCUACGAGCAAAAAAAAAAUAAUAAUAUAUUUAUACUAUAUAUAUAAAUAGAGAAUCAUUUAAAUUAAUGGAAAUAAUCUUUAAAGGUAGGAAGAGGACCUGGCCCCUUAAUGUUCGGUAUGAGGAGUUAUGAAAGUACUGGACAAUGUACUUAUAAGAAGUACAUGUUGUAAGAACAUCACCCUCAUUUUUACAUGACUGUGUUUGUAAAAGUAGAGGUUGACAUACUAAAGUUAAAUUUGCUGGGUGAAAGUUUGCAUCCUCCACGUUGUUAAAAGGAACUUCUUCUCUUCAGGAGAGACACUCCCACUGGGUGGUUGGAGAGCGCCACUGGUAGGUCCUACUUCUUUCCUUUUCCUCCGCUCUUUCUAUCUGCCUGUUUUAUUUUUUCCCCAGCACUAUUAUGUCGAAGUGCUUCUCUUUACUCAACUCACUCAAACGAAACAAAGAAGACAAUCCCAUAAGACUACCACUGUAGCAAUCGAAGUAGUUACCCUGAGAUUAUUACGGCAUUUCUAUACGCUUGCUGGUUGUGCACUUCUCUAUUUUUUACCAUCGUUUUUGAAAUCUCUCUACAUUCAUUUUCAUACCUGUUUCAGUUUCAUUAGCCAGUGGGUAGUUGGAAAAUGCCACUGGUAGGCCAUAGUUUUUUCCUUUUCCCUGCAGUCUCUGUUUAUUUUAUAUCAGUAUAUGUAGUGAAAUGGUUAGGCUCUGCUUCGUUGCACUUAAACUCAAAAGAGGUGAGUUUGAUUCACGUUUGAUAUGACCUUAUGCAGUUGCAAGCGCCAAAAAAUGUGAAACGAAAAGAAACAAUUCGCGUUUGAAAAAGUGUAUUUUAUUAUCGUGUUUGUUCCUCUGCUGGAAUGUUGUACCAUACUCUCUUUCUCAUCGAUGUGACCAAACGUAUGUCGAUACAGGCAUAAAUCCUUUUCAUUCAUCUCAAUCUAUCAUCAUUCUUGAAAGUCCCUUCCCCCUCUUUCUGUCCCAAACCCUUCCAUACAAACUAUGUUGAUACUGCCGAGACCAUGCUAAAAAUCCAUGUAAUUAUUUUGCUUUCAGACAAGUCUUUUGUAGCAGUGAGAUUUGUUAUCUUUAACUAGCUUGUUCCUAUUGUCUGCAUCAGCUGUCGUUUUUCUCUGUUCAGAUACAAUAAUGUGUGUGUACGUGUGUGUGUACGUGUGUGUGUGUGUGUGUGUGUGUGCGUGUGUGUGUGUGUGUGUGUGUGUGUGUGUGUAUUUGUGUGUGUGGCUGUUUGUGUAUGUGGCUGUGUGUGUAUUUGUGAUCGUAUCAUGUACAUAACAGAUGCCAUGAAUAAACAAAAGUUCACGUAUUGGGGGAUUGUGUGUGUUAAAGAGAGGGGGGGGAGACAUACAUUAACCUUAUAAAUUGAAUAUGUUACAAUCAAGUAAAUGAACACACAUGGUAGUUUGACAUUCCAAUAGACUUUGUGAAAUGGGCUUGGCCUCAAAAUGGAUAGUCGUGGUUCGAAUCGUCAACGAAGCAGUUAUGAACUUACGAUGAUAGAAGAGUUGUUGGGAUAUUUAGUCGCUUUUAAGGACAGGCGGACUAACCCAGAUUUCGGGGGUUUCCAGAAAUCUUGACCUACACCAAAAGUGGACAUUGUUCAACGUAUAUGAGAAGUUUGAUUUAAUCUGUGUGCGUGUUUGGUUAAAGAGAAAACUCUCCUUGUAUUUUAAAGAAAUUGAACAAGAGGCAAAAACUUUACCUUCGAUUUUCUCAAAACAGCAUUUUUUUGGGAUAGCCCCCUUAUGCUUAAAAGCGACCAUUUUUCCACUCGGCAUCAGCGUCUGUUGUCAAGAGGUUAGGCGCUUCGCCGUCGCACACAGGGACCAAAAUUGUGUCGAUAGUGCUGUAAAACAUCUUCCCAAUCAUCAAUCAUCAAUCGCAAACAGGGGACCCGAGUUUGACUUCCGGGUGAGGAGAAUUUUUAUCUAGUAUCUUGGUUGAAGACUUGAAUAUUUGAAUGUAAAACUGGAGUAUCUUGGUUUUUCUCCUGAAGUGUUGUAUCCCUCUCGCCCGGGGUGGUAGGGUUUAAGCCCGUCUCUUGAAUGGUCUAAAUUGUAGGUACUGAUAGCGGUGUAAAAAAAAA